AUGAAACUAUUGGACAAGCUUCAAAGGAUGUUGAUGCGAUUCAUAUUGCUUCGCCGCCUCCCGGCGAGAGGAGGUCGGGCGCCGCAGGCGGCGGUGGAAAAGGGCGGCACGGCCAGGCGGCGGUCGUGUGACCGGUCGGCCGAUACACCGAAGGUUUCGUGCAGUUCGUAUUAUUACUCUUCAAACUCGCACUACAACGAAGCUAUUGCCGAUUGCAUCGAGUUUUUCAACAGGUCGUCGCAGGAUGACGGUGUGUUUAGUGCGAGAAAUCCAGAUGUUAUCGUUGUUUAA